GUCUACAGUCUUCAGUCUACAGUCUGCAGUCUACAGUCUACAAUCUCCGGUCUUCAGUCGACCGUGGCCUUGCUUCCCCAACGGUUGUGUUGCUCCGCCCGUACCGCUUUCCCGCUCGUACCGCUCUCAGUUGCUGGCGAGCUUGGCCGAGCUUAACGAUCCACUGCAAAUUGCCAACUACAUAGAUAUAACGCGAUGUCUUUUCUGGUGAUUUUGCUGAUCCUGUACGUGAUCUGGGAUGUCAACUACUUCAUCCGCUGCGUAUUCACCGUGUUCGCCGGCCGGCUGUUCCAGCGGAAGCGCAAGGUCACGGACACGACGACGAUCUACGGGCUGUGCACCUCGCAGGACGUGGACAUCUUCAUCCGGCACAUGAACAACGCCCGCUAUCUGCGCGAACUGGACUUUGCCCGCUUCCAUUUCUACGCCCUCACCGGACUCUACGAGCGCAUCCGGGAGCGACGCGGCGGUGCCGUCCAGGGAGCCAGCAGUGUGCGCUACCGACGCACCAUACCCAUCUUCCAUCCGUACAAGAUCCAGACGAAGCUGAUCUGGUGGGACGACAAGGCCAUCUAUCUGGAGCAGCAGUUCGUCACGCUCGCGGACGGAUUUGUGCGCGCGGUGGCCAUGUCCAAGCAGAACAUCACCAACUGCAAUGUGCUGGAGGUGCUGAAGACCUAUCCGGAAACUGCCCAGCGACCGGAGAAGCCGGAGGAGCUCAAGCUCUGGCUGGACGCCAUCGAGUUGUCCAGCCAGAAGCUGCGAAAGGACAAGUGAAUCGAUUGAUUCCAUCGCAUGCAGCACAGCUCAUUUAUGCUUGCCUCAUUUGCUUAGUCUUGUAGUUAUCUCCCUUUUUUUUUUGAGUGCACUGUGCGGAAAUACUAGACUGAUGUGUUUUUCACGCAAAAAAAGAGCGUAACAAAAGCGCAUAGCCACUUAAAGAUAUUAGUAGCUAUUAUUUUUUCACAGUGCGUUAGUUAUACAAAUAUUGCAUCAAUGGAAUGGCUGAAUCGUUAUAAAUACAUUUUUUUACCAACUUAA